UUUUAACUAUCCUUGUUCAUCUAUUUAUUUGCGUUAUAAACAUCCGGUAUGGCAGAGGAGAGAAAAGCAUGUGUGUCUCCUGUCACAGGUUUCCUUCAAAACAUUGAUUUAGUUAGACGACAAUUAAGAGAUGACAGCACUCACCGGAAAGACAAUGAAACCUUUGAUGCUGAAAAACUUUGGAGUGAAAUGGAGAAGAUAUUCAAAGUUAUCUCCCAUGAAGCUACAAAAAUUUCUCUGGCUUUCUGUGGAAGUCCAGCGCCAUCAGAUAAGGAAUGCAGUUCUCUGUUCAGUCAAGCAGAAAAGGCCAUUCUAGCCCUUGUCUCCCUUUUUUACACCCUGCCAGCAUCCCAAGGGUUGAGAUUAAUCAAGUCAACAAAAGAUACAGUGUUAUCUCUUCUGGAUAGUAUGAGGGAGCUGAUUUCUAACAUUCAAGAGGGAUGUGCAGGAAAUCAACAACAGCUACAAUCUACUGGGACUGUCUGGCAGGAUGCCAACCUGUUUGCCAGUAUGCCAAAAAAUGAUAAAGAUGCCGUAGUGAGGGAACUGAAAACUUGCUCUCAGCUCAUUAAAGAUGCCUUGGAGGAGAUCGAAGAGGCCAUUGAGGGGGAUGGUAUCCAGGACGAUUUGUGUGACCUUGACGAGGAGGGGGGUGAGGAAGGGGGAGCUCAGUGGACAGAAUCAGACAAAGCUCUGACCAAACCUUGUGUGGGCCUCAUCAAAACCACAAAAUCUCUCAUCAAGAAAGCCACAGACUGUGUCCAAUCAAAUGGCCUGACUCAGCGGCCAAUGGAAAUCCAGGAACUGGACAAACUGGCGGAGCUGUCGGAGAGGCUGAGUCCCUCUGUAGAUGACCUGAUUAUGGACCUCUACCCUCCUGUCGACCUGCGCAAGGUCCAAGAAAAAGGAAAAACGUUAUUUGAGAUCCAUCAGACAGUCUUGGGAUUUUUGAGAUCCAGUCACAUGACAGGAGAGGAUGAUCAGAAGUGGCUGGAGUUUUUGUUGAAAGCAAACCAGCAUAACUAUGACAAUAUACUGAAAGUAACCUAAAGAUGCAUGGAGCUUGUAUAUUUAACAUUUCAACAUGUACAUUAAGUUGCUUUUAUUACCAAAAUAAAAUUAAAUUUAAAUAGUAAUUAAAAAAUUGGUAUAUAAAACCUUUUUUUUUUUUUAUAAAUAACAGAAUUUUUUUAAAAAAUCAUAUUGGUAUAAAAAAAAAUAGAUUUUAUAAUGACACUGAAAGAUUGGACAGUAGACAUGGCCUAAAUAAAUCCUCUCCAUGUAAGCGAU